UGGAAAAUCGGACUGUAAAACAAGGUUGAUGGAUCGCAUGCAGCAGAAAGAGCUCAGCACUGCCCCGUGUGGGACGACUGUGCAACCACGACCUUGUGUGUUGAUCGGCCCUGGUUCAAGUUCACCUCUGCAGGUCACAGUCCAGGAGUCGGUCACCAUCAGUCCGUCAGAAACGCUCAACAAACAGUCUCAUCUGAGCCUUGUCCAGGCUGCGAACGUGACGGAACAAAUGCAGUCGGGGCGCAACAACUGUGGGCCCACAGCCCUGAAAAGCAUAAGCCGACCAAGGCCGACCGCUCUUGGGACUAAACCUGUUCAAAAGCUGAACAGAAUCUCAGUGGAUCCAUCCAAGAAGGAAAUAGAUUUGAUCCCAGUUUGCAUCCCAGGACCUCAGAGUGCCAACGUCCUGCCGCAUUCACAGACCGAGAGCUCCUUCCUUCUCCACAGUCCUCAGAGUCCUCACAGCCCUCAGCCUUACCUGAGUCCCACUCCAGGUCUGUCCCAGUCUACCCUGAACUCACCCACUAGCCUCAGCCCCAAAUCCAGCCUCUGCCCUCAGUCUCAGAGGACCCUCUCACCAGGGAUCUCAAACCAAAGCCAAGUGCAGUCUGAGAAACCAGGAGGGGAGAAUAAUGAAUUCAGGGUGUAUAUUGUCACAUGGAACGUGGGAUCAGCUGUGCCGCCAGAUGACAUCACUUCUCUGUUCGGACCAAAUGUUUCAGAUGGGAGCGUUGACAUGUUUAUCAUCGGACUCCAGGAGGUGAACUCCAUGAUAAACAAGCGGCUGAAGGACGCUCUCUUCUCAGACCAGUGGAGCGAGCUUUGCAUGGACACCAUCAGCCCUUUUGGAUACGUUCUAGUGGCGUCCCAGCGAAUGCAAGGAGUGCUGCUGCUGGUUUUCUCCAAAUCCUGCCAUCUCCCGUUCCUCAGAGGCGUGCAGACGGAGAGGACGCGCACAGGACUCGGAGGAUACUGGGGGAACAAAGGAGGCGUCAGUGCGAGGAUGACGAUGUUCGGACACCCCGUGUGCUUUCUCAACUGUCACCUGCCGGCUCACAUGAGGAACCUGGAGCAGAGGAUGGAGGAUUUUGAGAGCAUCUUGCAGCAGCAGCAGUUUGAAGGAGGGACUGCCACCGGUGUCCUGGACCACGAUGUUGUGUUUUGGUUUGGAGAUUUAAAUUUCCGAAUUGAAGACUAUGACAUCCAUGUGGUGAAAUGUGCCAUUGACAGCAACAAGCUUCCUCUGCUGUGGGAGCGAGACCAGCUCAACAUGGCUAAAAUCACAGAGUCCAUCCUGGAGGGCUUCAUGGAGGGGCCGCUCAAAUUCCCUCCGACUUAUAAAUUUGAUGUGGGCACACACACGUACGACACCAGUGCUAAGAAGAGGAAACCUGCCUGGACAGAUCGCAUCCUCUGGCGCCUUCGACGUACCGGCUCCCCGGUUCCUUCCCACAGUGCAGCACUGCAGCGCGGUCUGACCUCAUGGCUGGGUGGGGCAACUAAAGUGACACAGCACACCUAUGGGAGUCACAUGGGCUACACCGUCAGUGACCACAAGCCUGUCUCGGCCCUGUUUUCCCUGCAUUUCCCAUUCAGGGUGGAAAUGCCUCUGGUGGAGCUGCAGGUAAAUAAGGAGUGGUGUAAAGUCUCAGAUGCGACUGUCGUAUUCACUGUUGCGUCAACGUAUCAGCGCAGCUCAUGGGACUGGAUAGCAAUAUAUAAGGUGGGAUUCAGACAUCACAAAGAUUACCAGGCCUAUGUGUGGGCCAAGGGAGAGAAUGCAACACAGGUGACAUUUUCAGAGGAAGAUUUGCCGAGAGAUGAUUGUGAAUACCUCCUCGGUUACUACAGCAAUAAUAUGAACAGCAUAGUUGGGUUGUCAACAUCCGUCCAGAUCCGGAUACCAGUCCACAGCCCCAGCAUGCAUCGCUCCAACAGCUCUGAUGUCAGCUCAGAAGAUGACAGCACGCUUGUCCUGCUGGCUCCAAACUCCCGCAGCCCGAGCCCCAAAACUGGAAAACACCACCAUCGCCACCGACGCAGCCGCAGUCCUGCCGUUCCGGCUCUUUCCUCUAACCCCCUCCCCUCUUUGCAGAGCCUCAGCCUCUGCCCUCGCUCCAAAGAAGGCCCAGCGCAGAGCCGCUCACCCUGCUCUACUGCUAAGAAGGAACGGCUGGUGUUGUCCCCCGACACUGUGUCAUCGCCAUCCAUCAGCCCGCUCAGUCCUCGCAGCCCUGUGUCUCCAGGUAGUGGAGUGACAGCACCAGAGGCUCUGAUCGCUGCCAUCAUAGGUGAACACAGACCAGCUCAGGUUAGUCCCACUGGGGUCAGGCAAAUAGGGAAGACAGGGGAAGCAGACGCUGCACAGCGAUAAACAUCAGUAGAUAAGAAUCAGAUACAGCCUGAUCGGACCCCAACACUGUCACUGUGCUCAGCACAUGAACGACUCCCAACAUAGUUUAACAUUUAACAAACAUUCCAUUUAGUAGCCCUGCAGUUCUCUCUCUGACUCGACCAUCAUCUCAUACACUGUGUGUAUCUCAGAUUGACACAUGUGCCCAUACUCCUGAAGAAAAGUGCUUUAACAGACUUUUAGAAACAAACGUGGAAUGUGAAACUUGAGUAAAUUUGCAAAGGAUGUGUUAAGUUAUUAUUGACAGCAAUAUUUGUUAGCAGUCUGGACCAGAUAUAUUGAAAGUAUCAUAGUUCAAAAUGGGGAAAGAGUGUGUGUUUGUGUGGACCUAUGUGUUAAGACCUUAUUGUGUAAAACAACGCAUUUUUGGAUCAUAGGACUCUAUAGCCUUCGGUCUGUAUUCAUAAAAUUAUUUGAACGUACAAGAAUAGAAAAGUUUUACCAGCCCAAUCAAGCUGAAGUGUACACAUGACUACAACACUAAUCUUAGAUCAGUGCUCUUAUUCUUAGCAGCUUUGUGAAUACAGCCCCUGUUCUAUGGAGCUCAGUGAGUGGAUGCUCAGACUUAUACGGCUCUUUUGUUUCAAGGAAACACUGUUGUUUUGUCGUUGUGAGUGUGCAAAUAAAAACCAGAGCAACCGG